AUGGUUGUUCUCAGGCCGGAAUCCGAGUUUGGGCAUGCCCCGCCCCCGCAGACGCCCUACAGCAUCGUCACCAACCUCCCGGGAUGGGACGUCGCGCGCACCAUCCGCGAUGGCGACAUGUCGGCGUUGUCGCGCAUCGUCCACAUCUACCCGCGCUUCUCGCCGACGCACUAUGCAGCCGAGCUGGGCAAGGCCAUCGCCGACAAGCUCGGCAUGGAGGGCUCCGUCGCCCUGCCGUAUCUCAACCCGGAAAUGGGCCCGUAUACGCGCCGCCACAUCACGCUGGAGCAGCGCAAGGAGCACGUCAUGAAGGCCGACGACAUUCACUUCAAGUGCGUCGACGUCGGGGGCCACCGGCUCUUUGUUGUGCUCUACGACCCCAAGCACAUGCUGGGCGCCAUGGCGACGUGGAGCAACCCAGGCAUCGGUCUGUCCAUUCGAGCGGGAGAGCAGCUCCUCAAGGAUGUCGCCACGAUCAAGGAGGUCGAGAUGCCGGCUGCGAUAGACGCCGCGAUCGCCGACAUGCCGGCGCCAACGUGGACGCCCGAGGGUCCCUCGCACCAGGGCCUCCGCGAGCGCAUCGUCGAGCUACUGCAUCGGGCUCCGCUGGACCCGACCAAGGUAACGUGCGCGCCCAAGGAUGUGUAUCUGUAUCCUACAGGCAUGGCAGCCGUCUUUCACACGAGCAACGCCCUUGUGCGCUUCCGCCCGGGGACCAUUGUCGUUCUCGGCGUCGUCUUCCACAACACGUACCACCAUCUGAUUGAGGAGUCACCGCACGGCUGGAAGCAUUUCGGCCGCGUCGAUGAGGAAGGCAUCAACGCGUUCGAGUCGUGGUUGGAUGAAGAAACCAAGAGCAGCAGAGACGUCAGCCACGUGCUCGUCGAGGUGCCUGGGAACCCCACGCUCGACACUGUCGAUGUGGCGCGCCUCAAGAAACUGUCGGAGAAGCAUGGCUUCGUCCUUAUUCUCGACGAUACCGUCGCCGGCUUCGGCAACGUCGACAUCCUUGCCGAGUCGGACAUUCUCUUGACCUCCCUCACCAAGUCGUUUAGCGGUCUCUCCAACGUCAUGGGCGGCUCCAUCGUUCUCAACCCGCUGUCGCGACACUAUGCGGCCAUAUCCCCGGUGUUCUCGUCGACGCACCACAACGAGCUCUUCAUUGCCGAUGCGGACGUGCUGCUGGCCAACUCGCAAAACUUUUUCGCCCGCACGCGCCGCCUGAACCGCAAUGCCUAUGCCAUGGCGACGUUCCUCGACAGCACCAUCGGUAAGGCCGAUUCUCCCGUAGUUAGCGUCCAAUAUCCGGGACUCCUGCCUAGCAAGGCGCUAUACGACAAGUACAAGAGACACAGCACCAAGGAGCUGCCCGAGCUGGGAUACGGCUGUCUCAUGACGGUCAACUUUGAAAGCGUGGCCACGGCGAGGGCCUUUUACGACCGGCUUGGGUUCUACCCGAGCCCGCAUCUGGGCGGCCACGUCACCCUCGCGCUGUGCUACAACAUGUUCAUGUUCUCCAAGCACCCCGAAGAGAGGGCAUACAUGCGUACGUGCGGUGUCAAGGAGGAGAGCGUGAGAAUCUCGGCUGGAUUGGAAGACGUGGAGGACCUCAUUGAUACUCUGAUGGAUGCCCUGGAUGCUGCAACGGCGUUCAAGAAGAAUGGCGACAAGAAGCUCGAGUCCUGA